AUGGUUCUGGCAGUCCUGCUUUGCUUGUCGGUGCCACGCGCUCGCGCCGAGGCUUUGGUGCUUCCUGCCAUCGAAAAUGUUGCAUUCAGCAACCCUGACGAUGUCCACCGCGCUUUGUCGCCAGCUUGGGAAGUGCUGGUGGAGCAGCGGAACGCUGCAGGGCUUGUACCUGCCAGCGAAGAAGGCCAGUCUCAACAACCAAUGAGUCGUGAGGAAGCCGCGUUUCAGUAUCGGCGCGUGCAAGACGGGCAGGUGGACUCCGCACGGCUUUUGCUCGUGUUCGGGUUGGUACCAUCCGCCAGGCAUCUGGACCCAUCCACUGCAGAGCUCUUCCGCUGGGAGCGUGAUAGCUCCAAGUCAAGCGGCAGUGGGCAGCAGUUGGCAACGAGUGCGUUGCAGCGCUAUGCCGAUGGAUCCACGCCUCUUCACCUGGCAGCCACGUUCGGUCUUUCGGAGUCUCUGGAAGCUUUGUUGCGUGCCGGUGCUGACGUCCAUGCCACCUCUGAUUCAGGUGUCUUGCCAAUCCAUGCCUCUGCGAUUGCUGGCCAUCGCCACUCCCUGGAUCUGCUCGUGAAAGCGCGAGCCGACCCCAAUUCUCCCCACGGCUUUGCAGGCAACUCUGCAAUGCACUUUGCUGCAGAAAUGGGUCAUUCGGAGGUAGUGCGGCGGCUAUGCGAACUCCGUGCAAAUGUGGAGGCAUCGAAGGCCCAGGGAGGUACGGCUCUCCACACAGCUGCCGAUACGAACAACUCGGCGGUGGUGCAAGCCCUCCUGUCGGAGCCUUGUUCCUGCGACCCCGAAGCGCUGCUGCUGGGCGACACACCGGCCCUGUACCUGGCAGCUUCGCGAGGCUUCCCGGAUGUGAUCGAGGCCUUGCUGGCCGGCGGCGCCAGCCCUGACAGGACUCUCCGGCAACGCCAACGAGUUGGGAGUGGAGGCAAAGGGUCCAAGGACCCCUCUACGGCCUCUGCGAAUCUUCCGGGCAGUCGGAAGGACAUGCCGGGCUUCGAGGAGGCGAACGGUGCCACGCCGCUGCAUGCAGCCUGCGAGAACGGUCACCUGCUGGCAGUGCAGGCGCUGCUGGGCGGCGGUUCCCGGCAGCUAGCAACGAUGGAAGGUGUAACCCCGCUGAUCACUGCGCUCCAGUACCGCCAGCGAGCGAUUGCCCGGGUACUGCUGGAGAGCAGGACUCCGGCCAACGUGCACGUGGUGUCUCCCGCAGAUGGGCAGACGGCCCUGCACAUUGCGGCAGCCUAUGGCUUUUCGGAGGUCGUCGCCGGCAUCUUACGUCAUGGGGGAGCUUCCGAUGUCCAAGAUGCAGCAGGUCACACCCCUAUGGACUACGCCCGAGACAGGCUGGUUCUGUGGUUGCUGAACCGCUUUCAUGGUCGAGAUGGGCUUUUGGACGACAUUGUCCGCCGCAACGUGCUCAACGGGCUGGAGGAAAUCAUAAGCAGUAUCGACGAAACGAAGGCGCCAACCUUCAAGAAGGAUCUGUACAAGAAGUACCUGCGAGCGAAUGAGGAGGGCCUCCUGCGAAAAUUGUCCUCUGACCUUGUGACACAAGCGCGAGCAGGGACUUCUGAAGCGCUGCAGCACCUCGCCGUGGCACGAUUCAUACUGGCCGGCGCCAGCGACGUGCCAGUGGCGAUCGAGGCGCUACUUCAUCGCAGCGAGGCUUCACUGUGGUCAGCCUUGACAUUGCUGGGCAUCCCUGUGCGGGAUUUGCACUACGUCCCCGGUAAGGAGCUGCUGCUGAAUGGCAGGGACGUGCACCACGUGAUGCAAGAGAUGCUUUCUGUCACCCAGGCGGUCCAAAGCCUCGACCUUACCAUCAUCGAGCCUCUGUUGCAUGAACUCCGAUCGACUUCCGAGCCCUCUGGCGCGGAGCACCAAGAUCACCACCUCGAUCUAUGUCUGCGUGCCGUGAAAUUGUAUUGGGUAGGAUGCCAGCCCUUGAACAAGCAGCACGCGACAAAGCCACGAAGACAGGAACUCGGAAACUGUAGGCAUUUGGCCAUCACAGAGAAGCCCUAUGUAGUGGGGUUCUGUGGCUGCAUGGUCCGGUACAAGACCCGGCGAAGUUCGCCUGAGGCCUCGAAGUGGCGCUCAGACCGAAGAGCCGAAGGCGGAAGCCAUGGUGCAGAUCGCGACAGCGGGACCCCACAGAGGUCCAGGCAGUCUUCACGGGACCGCAGCCAUGUUCGGUCAGAAGGCUGUGGCCGCGUGGUGCUGCGCGCUCGAGAGGCUUCGAGGUCCCGGUCUGACAGCAGGCGGGCCUUGGCCUUGAGCCCGAGCGUGCCAAGACCGCGGCGCCGACGCCCGGGAGUGCCACGGAGCAACUCCGAGGGGGGGCGACGGGAUCGUUCAAGGCUCCGUGGCCAAAGUGCAGAGCCUGUCCGCGCCGCGAAAGCUCGGAAACGGGCGCUGCCGAGGGCAGGGGAAAAGACCCGAGCGCCACUGCCUGACCGGCCUGACCGGAAGCUCGAUCGGCUCGAUCGGGAGCUGGAGCCCUCCAGAGAACGCUCCGAACGGGCCUCGGACUCACGAGAAUCACGAGACCGGGAGCGGUCUGCCAGGGAUCGGCAGCAAAAGGAGUACAUGCAGAUGGCAGCUCAGCAGGAUGCACGAAGAAGUUCGCAAGCGCGCAUGGAGCGGAUCUUCUACAAGAUGCUCGACACACAGAGCGGCUCCCCCGUUGAGUCGGUGGAGGUGCUGAGGGAUUUGGAGCUGCUAAUGACGGAGCACGGCGAGACCGCGGAGCUUCGGCACGUCCCCGAAGAGGCCCGAGCCUUCGCGAGCUUUGCGAGCGCGACUUCAGAGCUGCCGUGCCUGCCGGGGAUCCUGGGCACGGAGCUCCUGCAGCUGCUGUGGCUCGCCGGCCUCGGCAACCAAAAAGACCAGGCUUUGGAACUGCUGCUCGAGAGCCACCGCCACUUCACGUUUCUGCGUGUGACUCCAUGGACGUCGCUUCUGCAGUUGGGUUAUGGCUUGAUCUUUGCGCUUGGCCAGAUGUCCUGUGCAGCCAUACCAGCUCCUGAGAAUGAUGCUGCCGCGGCUGCGGAGCACUUCCACGGAUCUUGGCCCGGGUCGCUGCCCACGGAGGCGACGAUCUUCAAGCAGUUCCACGUGCUCGUCGGCUUCGACUACCGGCGCUGCGCCCGCCGCUUCCUCGGCGAGGACCGAGACCGAGCCUUGGCCAGCUGCGCGCCGCCGCGGAAAAGGAGAGGGAGGCGCCCUGGCCCUGGCGCUUUCGGCUCCGCCUGGCCCCACCGGCAGCUGGUGCUUCUGGCCGCACGGCAGCCCUGGGCCUGCGGGUUGGCCUGCCGCUGGGCUGUGGCCUUUGCGAGUCUGGCGCAGGCUGUCCGUGAUGGCAGCGGCAGCAACAGGCCGAGAGCCCUCUCGGAGGACCAGCGGAAGCUCGUCCAGGCCGCGCAGGACGAGUUGCAACAGGUGGAAGCAGCGGUUUGGAGCCUGGACGGACGCGAUCAGGUCAAGGCAAGCUGCUCCUUGUCACGUGCGUACCCGGUCUGGGCUUUGCUGGCAUGGCUUGGGCUCGGCACUCUCUCAAAGCUGGAAGGGCGGCUGCCUGUUGACUCGUCAAUGCCACAGCGGUCCCCGAAUCAGCCGCCCCCACCUACCCUAGCCAAGCUUUGCGACCGGGUCCAAUGGCCUCUAGCACAGAGCCUGACAGCACAGGGCACGCUUGCGGUGUAUUUUCUGGUGAAGACUGUCGGAGGGUUGCUGGACGAAUUUGGUGUCAAAUGGUGGAUGUCCUCUGGCGGACUUCUGGGUGCAAUGAGAAAUGGUGGUAUCUUGCCACAGGAUUGCGAUGUCGAUAUUGCAGUCUGGCGUCCGGAUGCUCACCAGAUGGUACGAAUUCCUUUUCGCACAGCGCUGGCGGCUGCGGGCAUUGCGAUGUAUCAUAUGCCUAUCUACCUUCAGUACCGCUUCUGCUUGCUGCAGGUCCCGGCUGCUGCGGACUUGCGAUCUGUGGAUGGUGGCCUGGCCUGCCAUUUGCCCUACAUCGACGCCCACCUGGCUGACCGAAGCUCCGCGCAGGAUUGGCACUACAUUCACCGAACCGAGCUCCGAUACGCGAAGAGCUUCCCCUUGACGGGCCUCCUCGGCCCUGCAGGCGAGGACCGGCGUGAGCGACGGCUCUUUGGAAGUGUCCACAUCUGGACCAUCAGAGAGAAGGAAGCGGAGCAGUAUCUCAGCAGUUUGUACGGGCACGACUGGAAGACCACGCUGCGGGGUCGCCAUGGCCAGCUUGUCCACAACAGCAGCGAGGGGUUCUAUAGCCUCAUUGCUCGCCCCACAGGCCCUUUGCGGGACGUGAUCCAGGAGCAACGGCUGGUGGGCAACUUGCUGCCCGGAGCGGCCGUCGACUGUCGAGCAGCCUAUAUGCAGUUCAUGCACCAUCCGGGAUACAUGGCCAUGGUGCAGCAGAUGGGAACGAUGCCGCCCUACAUGAUGCCGAUGGGCAUGAGGUGGGGCCCCAGCAAGGGCUCGGGCGUCUCGCGGCCAGGCAAGCGAUCCUCCAGCAGCGGAAGCUAUUCCAGCAACAAGUCACGCAGAGAAGGCGCGCAGCCAUCUGCGAGUGCGAACUUGGCAUCUGAGUUGGAGGAGUUCCUGCGGGCAGCCAGCGACCUCGAAGUCGAGGUGGCCAAUCGCCUUCGGGACAUGCCACCGCACCUACAGCAGGAGGUCAUGCGGCGCGGCCCUUUGGAUGUCAGGACCCCAACCUCCUCGCUGCUAAGUCGUAUGAAGCAGGCCCUCGAGGCGGAUCGGUCCGGCUGCCUUCGAGGUCCCACGAAGGGCAAGAGACGACAGUUCCAUCUUUUCUGGUCUUGUAAUUCCUUCUGGGUCUCCGAGAGGGCAGCGACGCCCGAGAAGUGGGCCCGAGACAAUGCAAACGCGCCAGGAAUCCCAAGGCCAUUGAACCGAAACGUUGGCAGCCUGACGCAAACGGAGCUCACGGGCAAGCAGGCGAAUGCAGAGCGCAGAAACGAGAAAAUCCUCGGGAGAUACGAGCCCCCGGCUCGAAGUCCCACAGGGGUGAAUCCAAGCAGCUAUGAAGAUGAAUCCAUGCAUGCCGUAGGCAACUGGAUGCUGGCGAAGAAUCAAGUCUAUGAAGAUGUGAUGCCGUGGGGGGCCCAGAUGGGGGAAGUUCCGGAGGCAAACGGCCGCUUGGUGAACACGCAGAGAAAGAAAGGAAAAACGAGUGGCAAGAACCCGAAGCCGACACUUCAGGGGCUCAGCGAGUAUCAUAUUACAUAUGCAAACUUCUGGCGCAACCUGAAGGGUGGGCAAACCGUCAACGGGCUGAACAACGUGAGUGGUUUCAAGAUGGGCCUCUUCUCAGCGCUUUGGUUCUUUGAGGCCGUCUGGUUAGGAGCCGGGAUUUAUGGGACUGGUGAACCGGGUGGCAAUGGAUGCGACUUCAUGCCUUUGAGGGGAGUGGCGACUCUGAGUAGCUUGAGAGACGCGCAGAGUGGGGAGCUGGCAUCAAGCUCAGCACACGUCAGGAUGCGGCCGGUGAAGCAGUCUGCGAAAACAGCGAUAGAGGCAUUGAUCAACGACUUCCAGCUGCAGCCGGAAUGCAGAAGCUGGCUGCAAGAAUCGACCCUUCCGGUCAAGCAGAUGCAUCUGGGUGAGUACGUCGCGGAGGAGCUCAAGAAGAUCGGAGCCAGCUUGGCCGCCGCAGCUUUGGCCCAGAAAAGGGGCUUCCUGUCGCAAGCGCCCGGAAUGGAGUUGGAGUGCACCAUGGACGAGCAGGACGUCGUGGUGCUGGACACGGGUUCCGGCUUUCUGAAAGUUGGCUUCUCCGGUGAAGAUGCACCGCGAGCAGUGCUCCCAACUGCAAUGGCGACUGCCACGGCCGAUGAAUCCCGGGAAGACGAGGCUGCAGUAACCGGAGAUUCUGCAGCGCAGAAAAAGAGUCAAGUCUUCUAUGGUAAGGAAGCCAUCCUGCAGGAAAACGCGCAAAUCACACGUCCGGUGCAGCGUGGCGAGAUCCAGCUUACGCAGCCGGAGAAGGAAGCAAUGGAAAACCUCCUGGAGCACGUGUUCAGAAAUGUGCUGGGCGUUGAGCAAGAGGACUUGCCGUGCCUCAUUGCGGACACCAUGCCUCUUGGUCAGAGUUCCUACGCCACACGCCAGUGGAUAGCGGAGGUGAUGUUCGAGAAGAUCAAGGUAAAGUCCUUGGCCAUCUUCAACACGGCAGCCCUAAGCUUGUUCUCGACGGGCCGCACCAGAGGACUGGUUCUGGAGAGUGGUGAGGGCAUCACCCAGGCUGUUCCGGUUUUCGAGGGGUACGCGAUACCUCACGCGAUCUUCAAGAUGAAGGUCGCUGGGCACGACAUUACGCAGCGCCUCCAGAGUAUGAUGGCUGAAGAGCUUGGGACAAAGCAGAGCCAUCACACUAUGCAGGCCAUGAAAGAGAAAGUCUGCUUCGUGGCACCCUCCGGUAGUGGUGGCGUCCCGGCCGACGCGCCCGACAGCGGGGACGAGGAAGCGAGGUCUUUUGAAUUGCCGGACGGGCAGAUCAUCCAGGUCAAGGAGAAGAUCCGGACGGGGGCCACGGAGAUCCUCUUUGGCGGUGAGGGGGAGGCAUCCAUGCAGAAGAUCUGCUUGGAUGCCAUCAACACAGUGGACCUAGAUUUCCGACAGGACCUGGUGAAGAGCGUGGUGGUCGCAGGCGGCACUUCGAUGCUGUUGAACUUGGCGCCAAGGCUGAGAUCGGAGCUCAAGAGCACGCUGGCAUCGGAGCUGUCCAAGACAGUGGAGGUCAUCAGUGACUCUCAACGCCGCUUCGCUGCCUGGAUCGGCGGCUCCAUGUUCGCGUCGCUGUCCACCUUUGACCAGGUGGCCAUCACCAAACAGGAGUACGAAGAGGGGAAGUCCGACGUGCGCAACCUUGUGGCACGGAAGUGUGGAGGAGUCUCACCGUCGACUGCGCGCGGCUCUCGGUCUGGGCUCAGGCAGUUCCUGGUGGCAGUGGCAGUCCAGGCGGUGGAACGUUCCUUUCGCUUUCCUGAGUACUAUACAGGAGAGCUGACAGUCGAAAGCUGUUUCGAGAAUCAUCGCUUCAAGAUGGAGAAUCUCAUCUGCUGCGGGGAGCGCGGCUGCCCCACGGUGCAGGGUCAGACCGAGCAGCGCAACGUGGCUUUCCAAAGGUUCGUCAGUUUCUUCUGCGUGAUCGAGCAGCACUCUGCGCAUGGGCCUUUCGACAUCGAAGACAUCGAGGACCUUGGACACAGCCAGGAGAGGGCUGCUUCCCCGCGGCCGGACCUUGAUCAACACGUGGCCGAGGCCCUGGGACCACUUCUGCCGAAGGAUGAGCUGCCGCCAAAGAUCUUCGGCCGACGUGGAGACAAGGCUUCUUCAUCUGUGAUCACCGCAUCACAGAUGGUGAUUUGA